AUGGAUACUUGGGGUGAUAAGGGUGCUAAAAUGGAUUCAGUGCGGUGUGAUGAUAAUUGGGAGAAGUCGUCCAGCACUCCCGAGGCAUCAAAUAAAAAUCGAGAAAAUACAUGGGACAAAAGAAAAGGAGAUGGAGGUGAUGGUGCACGGGAGAAGAAGUUUGAUGAUGGCCAUGGCAAUUAG